ACGUAGUCUUAGGACUAUAUUUCCCAGAAGGUAUUGCACUGAUGCGUAGACGUCGUUGCUACGUGUUCAGUUUGUGACAGGAACACAGGAACACGAAGCUGCAGGUCUGGAGUUUUCAGCGCUAAAAAGCGUUCUAGGAAGUUCGGCGGUUCUGCUGUCAUUGCAGCGCGAUGCUGCCGACCACCUCCUACUCCCCCCUGAGCCAGGACAACGGCGUCCUGGGAACCCGGGACGCGGCGCGCCACUCGGCCGGCGCCAAGCGAUACAAGUACCUGCGGCGGCUCGUGCGCUUCCGGCAGAUGGACUUUGAGUUCGCCGCCUGGCAGAUGCUCUACCUGUUCACCUCCCCGCAGAGGGUCUACCGCAACUUCCACUACAGGAAACAGACCAAGGACCAGUGGGCCCGCGACGACCCCGCCUUCCUGGUGCUGCUCAGCAUCUGGCUGUGUGUGUCAACCGUCGGCUUCGGCUUCGUGCUGGACAUGGGCCUGGUGGAGACGCUGAAGCUGCUGCUGUGGGUGGUGUUCAUCGACUGCAUCGGGGUGGGGCUGCUCAUCUCCACCCUCAUGUGGGUCGUCACAAAUAAGUACCUGAUGAAGCACCAGAGUAAGGACUACGAUGUGGAGUGGGGCUACGCCUUUGACGUGCACCUCAAUGCCUUCUACCCUCUGCUGGUCAUCCUGCACUUCCUCCAGCUUUUCUUCAUCAACCAUAUAGUGGUCAUAAACUCAGACUGGUUCCUGGGUUACUUUGUGGGGAACACGCUGUGGCUGACAGCCAUUGGCUACUACAUCUACAUCACCUUCCUGGGCUACAGCGCGCUCCCCUUCCUGAAGAACACGGUGGUGCUGCUGUACCCCUUCGCCCUGCUGGGCCUGCUCUAUGUCCUGUCCCUCUGCCUGGGCUGGAACUUCACCCGCGGCCUGUGCUGGUUCUAUAAGUACCGGGUGCAGUAGAGCCGCAGGAGCACCACUCUGCCCACGGACACUGUCUCUCUGAACCGGGCUCUCCAGUAGAGCCAGGCCCACCCACGGACUGUACCUGCCUUUUUGAGGAGGGGGGGCUGGGAAGGGUAUUGCUUUUUUUGUAAAGCUUGUAAAUAACAUUUGGACUGUAGAUAUGCAAAGCUGUGGAUUGGUCAUGAGGUGUGCUGAUGAUUUUUAUUUUGGUUUUUCAGUCUUUUUCAAUCUUUUUGAUAUGAACAAGUUUAUUGGUGAGAGGCGACGAUCACGCGGUUUAAUGAUUAAGAGGAGAUUGUACACCUGGUUCAGGAUUUUCUCUCUGUACAUUCCUGACUGUCAAAGCACCUUCAAUAAAGAGUGUUUUAUUUUAUCAGGCUUCACUGGGAUGGAUUGUAAAAGACAAUGUGAUUACAGACAGUACCUAUGAAAGAUCCUGCGACUUUGAAUAUAGGACCUGUGAUAGAACAGGUGACAAGAUACAGCACCUGUGACAGUAAAUGUGACUGAAUACAGUACUCAUGACACCAUGAACGAGGACCUGUGAAAGAUUACAUGGGUCUGAAAUUGUAUGUGACUAGAUGCAGUACUCCGAGAGACAGAAAUUGAAUACAGCGUGUUGUAGCGGUUAAGGAGUUCGGCUCAGAACCCAAGAACUGCAGGCUCAAUUCCCAGGGGGGCCUCUGCUGUUAUACCAUUUGGAAAGGCACCUAAUCCUGCAUGUAAAAAAUCAACAGAGAAAAAUGUGUUGUUAAUGUAAUAGUUUGUGCAGUGGUGUUAUGUAGAGGGAAAGAGGAGGGCUCAAAACUCAGAAGAGUUGCUAGUUCACUUCCCAAAUGGGGUACCUGCUGUUUUACCCUUGGGUGAAACCCAAAUAGACAUUGUA